AUGACGACCACCACCACCGCGAACGAAGAAUACCCUAAGGAUUGGACCAUGCAGAACCUCACCGACGACAAAUUCAAAGUUUUCGACGACGACGAAGAAUCUCUCACCACAUCAGACCCACCACCACCAUUUUCCGCCUCCAAUCCUUCCAAAUCACACGCCUUCUCAUCUGACCAAAAACAAUCCCUUCCAGCCUCUGAAACCACUCCCGACACAACCAACUCCGCGCCUACUUACGCUCUGCAACCUCACCACACACCAACCCCCCUCCUCACCCUACCCAUCAAAUACACAAACUGGAUCGGCAACAACAUGCACAUCCUGCCCCACCCAGACGCCGAGGAACCGAUCUAUACCGCGCACAUCAAGAUGACAAAACCGCACAUCAUCAUCUCUGACCCUGGCAGCACUAGAGGUGAAGGCGACGGCAAGGCUGUGAAGGGCAAGGGGAAAGGCGAUAAAGGGCGCACGGUGGGGACGAUAAGCUACCAUGCCCUCACCACGCGCAUCGACACCUGUGUUGAUGGCCAGGACGUCCCGCUCACCACCACGGGGAAGCUGAAGUCGAGGUAUAAUUUUACUUUACCCUCCCCCUUCUCCUCCUCCUCCUCCUCCUCCUCCGCAACCGACCCCGCUGGUACUGCUGGGGGGCAGGCAGGGCAAGGAGCGCUGGGAAGGGGGAGUGGGAGGAAUCUGACCUGGCAAUUUCGUAAACGCUCCACCGAUUUACUGUGUGUGGAUACAGCGACGGGGAAUUUGGUGGCAAGGUUUCAUUUUGGCGGGUUUUAUUGGCAGAAGAAGGGUAGGCUGGAGGUUUUUGAUCCUGACUUUGCCCGCGGUGGGGGAGGGCAGGGCAAGGGGGAGGGGGAGGGGCAAGGAGGGGAAGGUGGGGAUGGAGGGUUGGAAGGGUUGUUGGUGAGCUGUGUGGCUGUUGUGCAUUUGGUUGUUUUUGUUAGUUAUACUGCUAUCGUUUAG